UAUAAGAAGUUAGGGCAGGUGAGAUCCACAGCUGCUUCAGAAUGUGGUAGCACCACAAGUUCAGUGGAGAUCAGUGAAUCAAUGAGAAAGUGGAAUGAGAUGAAGCAGAAUGGCUUUGUAUCCACUGUACAAGUAAAGGCAUCCAUUCCCAGGCUGAAGAAGUGCCAAUCUAGAAAGAAAAAGGAUGAGCUCAAGAAAAUUAUUCAUAUAACAAAGCAAGAACAAAUUAACAAGCAUAACAAUGUUACCGAUCCGAGCCAAUUUCUUUCUGGUCUAAACCCUGGGAUUAUCAAGCAUGUAAGAAAUAGCAAACAGGUGAACUCAAUCAUAAAGGCCAUGUUGCAGAAUGAGAUGCUUCAAAAACAAAAUAGGCAUAUUGGUCCGUUAAAAAGAGGAAGCAAGGAAGCUGUCAAUAAGCCACUAAUUCCUUCUUAUUACAACAGUACAUCAGAGUUCAACUCGGAAUGUGAUGAUGAUGAUGCUCUUACACUAAAACUUUCAUGUUCUGGAACAACUGCGCCAAAACCGGAAGACAUCACCUCUCUUUCAAUCAAAGGUGAUGCACUUUUAAGUUUCGUUUGGGAUGAAUUUCUUACUGCUUCUUAAAACAACC